AUGGCCAAGUUAACUGGACAAGAAGUUGCAGAACAUAACUCGAAAGAGUCAUGUUGGGUUAUUGUUCAUGGAAAAGCUUAUGACGUUACGGAAUUCUUACCUGAACAUCCUGGUGGACCUAAGAUCAUUCUCAAAUAUGCCGGCAAAGAUGCUACAGAAGAAUACGAGCCAAUUCAUCCCCCUGAUACUCUCGAUAAAUUUCUAGAUAAAUCGAAACAUCUAGGACCAGUUGAUAUGGGCACAGUCGAGAAGGAAGAGAAGGAAUUUGAUCCAGAUGAAGAGGCAAGACAAGAAAGAAUUUCACGUAUGCCAAUUCUAGAACAAUGCUACAAUUUGAUGGAUUUCGAGUCUGUGGCAAGAAGGGUUAUGAAGAAGACUGCUUGGGCAUACUAUUCUAGCGGUGCCGAUGAUGAAAUUACUAUGCGAGAAAAUCAUUCCGCCUUUCAUAAGAUAUGGUUUCGACCAAAGGUUCUUGUGGAUGUGGAAAAGGUCGAUUUUACUACAACUAUGCUUGGAACGAAAGUCGAUAUCCCUUUCUAUGUGACAGCUACAGCUUUAGGAAAGCUUGGACACCCCGAAGGAGAGGUCGUCUUCACACGAGCGGCGAAGAAACACAAUGUUAUACAAAUGAUUCCUACUCUAGCAUCUUGCUCGUUUGAUGAAAUCAUGGAUGCCGCAGAGGGACAGCAGGUUCAAUGGUUACAAUUAUACGUCAAUAAGGAUCGAGAGAUUACAAAGAAGAUUGUUCAACAUGCCGAACAUCGUGGUUGCAAGGGUCUAUUCAUCACAGUCGAUGCUCCUCAAUUAGGAAGAAGAGAAAAGGAUAUGCGUUCAAAGUUUACGGAUGUAGGAUCUUCUGUUCAAUCAAGCAGUGGGCAAUCCACGGAUAACUCUCAAGGUGCAGCACGAGCUAUUUCGAGUUUUAUCGAUCCAGCUUUGAGUUGGAAAGAUAUUCCUUGGUUCAAGUCUAUUACCAAGAUGCCUAUCAUUCUCAAGGGUGUUCAACGUGUAGAAGAUGUUAUUCGAGCUGUCGAAUGUGGCGUUCAAGGUGUUGUACUCUCUAAUCACGGAGGCCGUCAAUUAGAUUUUGCUCGAUCAGGUAUCGAAGUUCUCGCAGAGGUUAUGCCUGUUCUUCGAGAACGGGGAUGGGAAAAUCGUAUCGAGAUUUAUAUUGAUGGCGGCAUCAGAAGAUCCACGGAUAUUAUCAAAGCACUUUGCUUAGGUGCUAAAGGUGUUGGAAUCGGUAGACCUUUCUUGUAUGCUAUGAGUGCGUAUGGAUUGGCGGGUGUAGAUCGUGCUAUGCAGUUAUUGAAAGAUGAGAUGGAAAUGAAUAUGAGGUUGAUUGGGUGUUCGAGUGUGGAUCAGUUGAAUCCGACAUUGAUCGACACUAGAGGAUUAAGUUCACAUACUACAAUGGUUCCGAUUGAUACUUUGGGUAUGACGACUUAUGAUCCUCUGGCGAAUCCAGCAGAGAAAGCCAAGGCGAAGUUUAUUUAUUCAUGUUGGGGUUUCUGCAUUAGGAAACGCGCCAUAGGAUCGCCAGUUAAUGAACUCACUCACCUGUACCGAACCCCACCAUCUUUCCCCAUCUCCACAUCUCUUCGUGUUGAUUCCGACACUGAUACAACCUCAGAAAGGAUGGAGGAUUUCAAUGUCCCUAGCAACGAAAGAAUUAAUCUACUAAAAGUUUUCCAAGAAAAAGUAGGAGAUGUACCUCCAUACUUCUGGGCUUUCUGUCAAGUGUGUGACCUUCAGGCACUUCAAAAACUUAUAGACAUUGCUCGCAUUUCCCCUGUAAUGGUUCGUAUUUUUGCGACCCAAGCCUUUAUAACAGUAUUGUACUGGACGCAAAGUAAUCAAGGAACAUUGCGUGUUUCCACUCCAAACACAACACAAUCGAAACGGGGCUUGGGCUCAUCUUCAACCAAUUCUCCGCUUGCUAAGAGGCAAAAAACGACAGGUUCACCUGUCAGUUCCUCCCUUGCUGACAAGCAGACGAGUACCAAUUCCCCUGUUAGUUCGCCGUCGUUGUAUAGAAGCAAGGCUGCUUCGGAUCUGGCUAAGGAUCGUGACCACCAUUGCUGUGUGCUUACUGGCGAUUCAGUCAUCGAAGUAGCACAUAUAUACCCUUUUUGCCGGAUAUCGACUUCAGAAGAGAACAUUUUUGGGGCGAGACACAUGUUUUGGGAGUAUUUGAGAAACUUCUGGUCAGAGGAGAAAGUGGCUGCUUGGAAAGCUGAAAUUUUUCCAAGAGGGCUAUCUGAAAUAGGAGACGAAAAGGUUGAUAAUCGAAUAACAUUGUCAAAGACGGCACAUGUCCAAUGGAAUCGAGGGGCGUUUGCCUUGAAGCCAAUUUCUAUCUCUGACGACAAAACCACAUUGAAAGUCCAGUUUUUUUGGCAGAAGAAACAGACCGACAUCCGAUCAACUAUGAAUCUAAUGACAGCACCUAUCUCCACUGAGAACCUCGAUCACAAUGAGGGUGCAUUUGAUUACGGCUAUACAUCGCUAUACUGUCCGGGCGGCAAAGCCAUCAAAUCCGGCCAAAUCUUCGAACUCAAGACUGCCGAUCCAAUAAAGCAACCCCUCCCAAGUCUCAAGCUCCUUGAACUCCAAUGGGCUUUAAUGCGUGUGAUAGGUAUGGCUGGGGCUGCCUUUCCCUAUGAACCAAGUUCUGGAGACGAUUCGGACGAGGAUAUUCCGGGUUUGGAUUUAGAUGAAGUAGGAGACACAUCUGUUCUUUCAGAGAUUCUGCAAGGAAAUCCGCUAGAACUGCCGUGCGAAGUGAACAAACUCCGUGCGGAUGGCCCUAAGCAUUAUACAAAGGAAGCGAAGGGAGAUAGAGUAGGAAUGGGUACUGAUUGUGUAGCAUAA